AUCAGCUGGCAGUUUUCAGUCAUUAAUUUUUUAAAAACUAGAAGGACUCAAUUAAGUGAUUUAGGAAGUUUUCAAACACUCUUUUUUUGAAGUAUCCUUACGCCGAUGGCAAUACUUUUUUCAAUGCCGAGCCCUUGUUACCGCUCAUAAAAUGGAUAGGAUUGUAAAAACGGAAAUAAAGAAGGAGGAGAUCACGGGAAUUCCUUCUAUUAGCCUCCAUGGCAUCGAAAACGCGCAGCUGGAGGAAGCAGGCGAUGAUGGGGAAACGGACUUGGAGGAGGACGAGGACUGGACGGAGGCGGACCUGGAGAUCUCGUCCUACCAGGAUGUGGACACCGAGGACUCGGAUGUGACGCUCACACAGGCUGAGACUGCGCACAGUCUGCCCCUGAGUCAUGCUCCAAUGCGCAAGUAUCCCUUCAAGCUGAAGCAGAACGAGUGUGGAAACAUCCUGACCGUACACCACACGGUCAAGGAAGCGGGCCAGCAACUGCGCAUCCAGAUAGCCGCCUGCUGCUUCAACGAACUGAGCAACAAACUGGUGGUCAUUGACAAGCGAGGCAACGUCUUCGUCUUUGACUUUGUGCACAAGCGCUACUGGCGCCUGGGCUUCCUGAUGCCCAGGGCCAAGCUGAUCCGCCCAUCUCCCCUGCACACCAGCGACUACAUUGUGGGCAACAAAACGGGCCAGGUGUUCAUCAUAGACGUGGACAACUCGAUGCUCGGCGCCCGCGGAGAGGUGGGCAACGCCGCUCUGGAGGAGAUUAGCUGGAGCAACCGACUGCAGAAUCCACGCUCCUCGAACGCCCUCAUGCGGUUCGGCAGCGAGGCUGUCCUGGUGAACCUGCACAGCCUGGAGGUCUCGCACCAGCUGGACUUCGAUGAGUCGCGCUACACGCUCAAGUUCGCCGCCUUCCUGCCCAACUCGGACCAGUUCUUCAUAGGCUUCUCCAACGACUCGCUGCACGUGUGGUCCUCGCACUCGCUGAGCACGCUGCGCAUGGCCCAACCGAUUAAGGCCAGGAAUCGGAAGCUCAGACUCCUGCCAGCGGGCGAAUCCAUUCCGGAAAUAGUCCUGCGUGGGCCGGAUGACAGCGACUUGGAGGAGGACUUGACGUUCGACUGCCAGGACCACGACUUUGCCGAUGGAUCGCUGCUCAACUACUGCUUCACCCCCGAUGGCAACAAAAUGUGCCUGAGCACCUUGGACGGCUAUCUUUUAAUGCUUAGUGUGGCCUCCUUUGACCUGGAGAAGCUCUAUCGUCUGACCGACUUCACUCUCCGCCAAAUGGCCUUUCUCGCGCAGCCAAAGGAGCGGAUAGUGUUCGGAAUCACGGCCAGAAACCAAGCCGUUAUGCUGGAUCUGAGCAACACGGACCACAAGCUGAUUGUGCAGCGCUCCAAUGCGAUGAGUUUGAGCCUGAGUCGGGAUGGCAAGCUGCUGAGUGUCACCUCCCGCUGCGGGGAGGUGAGUGUGUGGUCCACCUGCCGCCUGUUCAAUGCUCUGCAGGCUCAGACGCGCUGCCUCAACCAAGUGAAGGCGACGUUCAAGCAGCCUAAGCCACUGCCGCCUUGCAGUGUCAACGUGAGCCAGGAACUGCGGCACCUGCUCAAGCCAGAGCGGCUGAGGGCCAUGCUCAAGGAGUACGGCUGCUAUCCGGAGAAGUACAGGUUCCUCAUCUGGACCUCCCUCCUGGAUCUCCCCUGCAAUGGGCCGCAGUUUCAGGCGCUCAUCAAACUGGGCGCACCGCUGGUGGUCAGAAAUCAGGCCAAGAAGCUCAAGAUUCGCAACGAUGCCCAGCGGCGCGGGGUGAUCAAGAUCUGGAGCUGCCUGGCCCAGUGGUGCAAGGUCCUGGCCCACGCGGACUUCAUGCCGCACCUCAUCUACCCGUUUGUAAAGCAGCUGCCCAAGAACAGUCUGGUUUCCUUCGAGGUGGUCGCCACCCUGGUCCUGAAUCACUUCCAGUUGUGGUUCGAGUUCCAUCCGCUGCCGCCGUCCAAUUACCUGGCCAUGUGCGAGAAUAUCCUGCUGCACUGCGACGAGCAGCUCUGCAAGUUCUACAAGUCCCAGGAGGUCGUGGCCAAGGACUUCGCCUGGCCCCUCCUGAGCACCGCCUUCGCCGAGGUCCUCGAGGAGCACCAGUGGCUGUCGCUGUGGGACAACAUCGUCUCGGAACAGCCUUGGUUUCCCGUCUUCCUGGUGGUGGCCUACAACUUGAUUCAUCGAGAAAUCAUAGUUCGGCUGCCGGACAAGCGUUCUAUCCUCUCCUUCUUCCACGACCAGAAUCCAGUGGACAUCGGCAAGCUUCUUUCCAAGGCGCGCAGGCUGAUGGCCAAGUGCGAUCUCGCCCUGCACCCACAACGCUUCAUGCAGCGCUUUAGCGCCAUUCCGAAGGGCGUGUAUCCCAAGUUCCUGAAGUAUCCCAGCGAGUGGAUCGACCAGCAGGAGGAGCAGGCGGUGUCGCUGAUGAAGCACAACCAGGAGAUCGAUGCCCGCAUCCGGCAUUUAGAGCUGGAGGAGGUGCAGAUCAUGGAGCGCCUCGAGAACGGACUCAAGCAGGAGGAGCACGCCCGCCGCCUCAAGGAGAUGGAGAAGCUGUACCAGGACACCAUCCACCGCGAGGAGGAGCGCAUCACCUGCCAGCGCAAGAUGCUGCUCACCUACCAGAUGGAGGUGCGUCGGCGCAAGAGCGAGGUCAUCACCAAGCUGCAGGAGUCCGAGCAGCGGCGCAAGGUCCUGGAGAUGGAAAAGGAGAUUGAUCUGCUGAUGCACAGCAUCGAGCGGGAGCGGCGGCGCCACAACCAGCAAAUGCAGCUGGCCGAGGACGAGAUACGCAACCAGGAGAUGGAGCUCCUGGCGCAGCGCUACUACUCGGAGGCGCAGGGUGCUCCGCUGGCCCAGAAGUACUACGACAACAUCCAGAAGCUUUGCAGUCAGCGCGAUCAGCUGCAGAGGAACUUGCGUGAUAUGACCAUGGAACAGCUGCGCACUCCCGCCGCAACUUCAUCGCUGCAGUUCAAUCCCCAGCUGGUGGACAUCGAGAACUCCAUUCUGGAAAUCCAGCGCGAGUUUACGGAAAUCAUAACCACAGAGACGACGGCUAGGGGCAAUCUUUCUUAACUAUUAGCUUAUUGAGGCCUUUCUGUACAGAUAAUUGUCUAAGCUAGGAUUAUUUACAUGGCACUGGAACAUAGAUAGAUAAACAAGG